GCCUUAGUCAUUGGCGAGUUACAUUCACGAAAUCCAACCAUUUCUUCCACAGCCUCUCCCUCGCGCCUCCUCCCUCCUCCUCCUCCUCCUCCUCAUUUCUCCUUCCUUCUCCUUCUCGUUCACGGCGGCCGACGGUCACGCUUACCGUCACCCUUCGACCCGAGACCACACAAAACCGGCGAGAAAAAACAGCGGGCGAUGGAGAGGUAUCGUCCCCGUGCGGCGGCGGCUUCUGCAAUGAUGGCGGGCUUGCUUGCGGGACUCCUUGUCCAUGCAUGCUGUGCCGACGCCAUCGGCCGUUCCAGUUUCCCAAAGGGUUUCGUCUUCGGCACCGCCUCCUCCGCUUUCCAGUACGAAGGAGCUGUGAAAGAGGACGGAAGGGGACCAUCGGUUUGGGAUACCUUUUCGCAUCAAUUUGGUAAAGUGAUCGAUCUUAGCAACGCGGAUGUCGCCGUGGAUCAGUACCACCGGUUUAACGAAGAUAUUCAGCUCAUGAAGGACAUGGGAAUGGACGCCUACAGGUUUUCGAUCUCCUGGUCUCGCAUCUUUCCUAAUGGAAGCGGCCAGAUCAAUCAGGCAGGAGUCGACCACUAUAAUAAUCUCAUCAACGCAUUACUGGCUAAAGGGAUCGAACCAUACGUGACUCUGUUUCACUGGGAUCUCCCGCAAGCUCUGGAAGACAAGUACAACGGAUGGCUCGACCCCAAAUCAUGUGAGUCGCACAGAUUCCUCCUUCACGAUUUUGCGACAUAUGCCGAGACCUGCUUUCAGAAAUUCGGGGACAGGGUGAAGCACUGGGUCACCUUCAACGAGCCGCACACUCUGGCAAUACAAGGAUACGAUGUCGGGCUUCAGGCACCGGGCCGUUGCUCCAUCCUUCUUCACCUCUUCUGCAGGGCUGGGAACUCUGCAACCGAGCCUUACAUUGUUGGGCACAACAUCCUGCUCUCACAUGCCACCGCCGUCGAUGUGUAUAGAAAGAAGUACAAGCAAAAGCAGCAUGGAUCAAUCGGUGUAGCAUUUGAUGUGAUGUGGUUCGUACCGAGAACAAACUCAACCGAUGACAUCGAAGCAACUCAGAGAGCCCUAGAUUUUCAGUUUGGCUGGUUUAUCGAACCGUUGAUCUUUGGAAAUUAUCCGAGCUCCAUGAUAAGUAGGGUGGGAAGCCGCUUACCGGCAAUUUCCAGCUCCGAAUCUGCUCUUCUAAAGGGGUCUUUGGAUUUCGUGGGUAUCAAUCACUAUACUACAUAUUAUGGCAGCAAUGAUACGUCCGAUGUGAUCGGAAGUCUACUUAAGGACUCCCUCUCGGACUCUGGCUCUGUCACUCUGCCUUUUAGAGAUGGGAUACUCAAUCCAAUUGGAGACAGGGCGAGUUCAAUAUGGUUAUACAUAGUACCUCAGGGCCUCAGAAGUUUAAUGAACUACAUCAAGACAAAGUACGGGAACCCACCUGUUAUUAUUACCGAAAAUGGUAUGGACGACCCGAACCCCCCGCUGAUCAACAUCAAAGAGGCUCUCAAGGAUGAGAAGAGGAUCAAGUAUCACAAUGACUAUCUCACCAACUUGCUGGCCUCCAUCAAAGAAGACGGAUGCAACGUGAAAGGGUACUUCGUGUGGUCUCUGUUGGAUAACUGGGAGUGGGCGGCCGGAUACACUUCGAGGUUCGGCCUCUACUUUGUGGAUUACAAUGACAAGCUGAAGAGAUACCCCAAAGACUCUGUUCAGUGGUUCAAGAACUUCCUGAAGUCUACCUAAACAAUUAAUGAAGAUGAAGGACGCGCCACAGUGGAUGCAGUGCUCAUUCAUUUUCUUCUAUUUCUGUGGAGACACAUGAUUUCAUUACACCACAUUGCUACAUCUCAAUAAAUUUCAGAAAUGUUUAUGUUAGAAAAGCCAAAAGGCAAAAAAAAUAAAAAUAAAAUGUAAAUGGAAUUGAAAUAAUUGCUUUGUUA